AUGACUAUGCGCUUAAUAUAUCUUUCAAUACAUUCGUGUAUCAUUGGGUAUACUAACAAGACUGUAACGAAAAGCGAAGUAUUCGCUCAAUGACACUAAUAUUGAGGUACUACAACUACUACACAGAGAAAUGGAUGAACAAAACCAGACCGAUGAAGUUGUCAAGGCAACAACAACUUUACUAUGGCGACAGAAGAUGAAAACUUAUUUUGAUUGUGUUGACAUUGCACACACUGGCUACAUCACAAAAUCGCACUACGAACAGUUAAUCAAUUUUAUUAAGGCAAAAUAUCAUGGACUGCAUCAACAAGCAUACGACAUGGUUGAUCGCAUCUUUAUCCAAAUUCUAUGGGGAGAAGUAGCCACCAGAGGGGGCGAUAUCAGCAAUAAUCGGAAAGUGACCUUGACCGAAUUCACCCGCAACGCCGCAGUGAAUUUAAAACCAGAAAAUAUUGAAGUUUUCACAAAGGUUCUGGAUUAUAUAUCCGCAUCUAUAUACCAGUUAAUCGAUACGGAUAGAGACAAAGAGUUAUCAGUCGAUGAAUUUAGCGAAUUCUUUAUAUUGUUCGGAAUUCCAGAGGAGUUCUCCCUGAAUGCAUUUGAAUCCAUUGAUAAGAAUGACAGCGGGGAUAUCGACAAAGAGGAGUUCAUGAAAGCAUUUCGUGACUUCUGGGUUGGCCAAAAGCCCGGAUGUGGGACAUUCUUUUUAGGCAGAUUAUUCUGACCCCCCUCUCAAGAACUGACAGAUGAGAGAACCGACUAUGAAAACACAUCAUUUUCUUCUUACUAGCAAUAUCAAUUAAAAUGAUAUUUACAAAUCUUGAUUGGACAUUGUUUCAACAGACUCAACAUUUAGUCUAGUAGUUUAAAGUACUGAUUUAACAUACAUGCUUACUAGAAUUUAUAAUACAAUUUUAAAAUAAAAUACACAAUCCAUACAGGUUUAACUGUAGCCUACACCGAUGGACAUUCCUAAAGAAAAAGCUCAAAUAGAUAAGGCGAUGCUAUAUGGAAUGCGAUGUACUGCUUGCGGUAGCGGGCCAAUUUUCAAGAAAGACGAUGGGCGGGGUUGAAGCCCUGGACUCCGUGCAUUGUGGGCUGCUUAUCAUUCCUCAAAGGUGUAAAUAAACAGAAAUUAGUGAUUUCUCUAAAAUAUGUUAUUAUAUUUUGAUCGUUUUGAAUACAUGACCUCGCCAUAAAACAGAGAUCCAUAAGCAAAAGAAUGGAAAAAGAAAUACGAUUCAAUAAAAUAAAACUAUUUCUGAUUGUAUCUAGUCUUGCAUUGAACAAUUCUAUCCCGUUCCAUUCUCUUUCCUUCAAAACCUGUGUAAAAGGGGUGGUUUCAAUAAAGUUUGUAUUUUUCUUAUUACAUUUUCGAGUUAGAU